UGACAUAUCAGACAUUGUCCAGCUCUGUGAUAAUGAUUUUCUACCUCACAGCAUGUUAUGAUUGCUCAGAAAUCAUUGGGGGCAAAGAAGUGAGAAAUCAUUCUAAACCAUACAUGGUGUCAAUCCAGAUCAAUAAACAGCAUUUAUGUGGAGGAGUGUUAAUAAAGCCAUCAUGGAUCCUGACUGCAGCGCACUGCAAUCUUAAAUUUAAAGGACGUCAAGUUCGUGCGGUUCUUGGAAUUGAUUCACUGAAAAAUAAUGAAAACUCGCGGCAAGAUUUGAAGGUGAAGCAUAAAAUCCCACAUGAGUGCUUUAACACUGAAACCAAAGAAAAUGACAUCAUGCUGCUCCAACUGGAGUCUGAGGCAAAACUUAACAAGUUUGUGGGUCUUCUACCACUGCCCCAAAAGGGCUUGGACGUGAAAGAGGGCACAGUCUGCACGGUUGCAGGAUGGGGAACGACAGAAGCAAAUUCAACAAAAGCAUCUGACUCUCUAAGGGAAGUAAACGUAAGGAUCAUAAAGAGAAAAACGUGCAACAGUCGAAACUAUUAUGGCGGCAAGCCUGUGAUAACCGAGAACAUGCUCUGUGCUGGCGACAAGAAGGGAGGAAGAGAUGCGUGCGACGGAGACUCAGGUGGACCACUGGUAUGUAAGAAGGAACUCAGAGGAAUUGUAUCCUUUGGAGAAAGUUGUGGACUUCCCAAAAAGCCUGGCGUUUAUACAAGGAUCACAUAUAAUUAUCUUAAGUGGAUUCAGCAAUUAACAGCUUAAACCUCACAAAAAACACCUGAGCUUUCGGCAUGAUGAUGUCCUUUGUGGAUCACUGCACCUUGGACAAAUAGAAAAAGUCUUUACAUUUUAAUUUUAUAGUCAUUGUGGCUUGAUUAAAUAGAAAAGAUGUGCAUAUUUUCAAGCAGGAAAAUGAAAUGCUGUUUUGUUGUAAUAAUUUUGCAAUAAACAAAUAAACAUUCUGUGCUUU